AUGAACGACUGGCAGAGGAAAAGCCCUCUAGACUGGGAAACAUAUGUGAACAAAAUGGUGAAAGUUGCUGCUGUUGAGAAGCAUGAAUAUGAAGGAUGGGUCCUAACAGUUGAUCCAGUUUCUGCCAGUAUUGUCCUUGCAACAUACUUGGAGAAUGGAAAAGUGUCCAUAUCAGUUGUCUUGGGCCAUGCUGUGCAGGAGGUUGAAAUACUGAAAGAAGGGGACGAUGAAAUGAAGCAACGUCUGUCUUGUAUAUUUGCACCUGAAGAAAGCACAACCUACAGCCCAGAGGAGCUCGAAGAGAGGAAGAACAACUUGAGGACUUGGCUAGAAACGAACCACAUCCCUGUAACAGAGCAAGGUGAAUCAGGAAGAACACUGUGUGUGGCGGGGGUAUUAACUAUUGACCCACCAUACAGCCCAGCAGAGUGCAGCAGUUCCAAUGAGAUUAUCCUGUCUCGGGUUCAAGGCUUGAUACAGGGCUAUUUUGAAAAACAGCAGUGA